GCCCUCCCCUGACGGCACAUGGCAGCGGAGCGCUCGGCUGCGCCGCAGGUUAGCUAGGGCCGGGCUCCGGCCAGCGCAUCCAGGCUCUCUAGGUCCGCCGAGUUACCGCAGGGAUUAAAAUGCAGCUGGCCGCCUGCUUCUUUUUGGGCUGCGGCAUAUUCUUAGCUUCAGGAUACAACUCCUUCAGUAAGAGCAUGGAGACGAUAGGCAAGAAGCAGUACCAGGUUCAGCACGGGUCGUGCAGCUACACCUUCCUUCUGCCUGAGGCGGACAACUGCCGCUCCUCGACUCCGUACGUGUCCAACGCGGUGCAAAGGGAUGCGCCUCUGGACUAUGAUGAUUCGGUUCAAAGACUGCAGCUACUUGAGAACAUCAUGGAAAACAACACUCAGUGGCUAAUGAAGCUUGAGAAUUACAUUCAAGACAGUAUGAAGAAAGAAAUGGUAGAGAUCCAGCAAACUGCAGUACAGAACCAGACUGCAGUAAUGAUUGAAAUAGGCACAAACUUGCUAAAUCAAACAGCUGAACAGACCCGCAAAUUAACAGAUGUUGAAGCACAAGUAUUAAACCAGACAACCCGACUUGAACUUCAGCUUUUGGAACACUCUCUUUCAACAAACAAACUAGAAAGACAGAUUUCAGAUCAAACCAAUGAGAUAACUAAAUUACAAGAAAAAAACAGCUUUUUAGAAAAAAGAGUUCUUGAAAUGGAAGACAAACACAUGCUUCAGCUGAAGUCAAUAAAAGAUGAAAAAGAUCAGCUUCAAGUCCUAGUAACCAGACAGAACUCUAUUAUAGAAGAACUAGAAAAACAGUUAGUUACAGCUACAGUAAACAACUCAGUUCUGCAAAAACAGCAACAUGAUCUGAUGGAGACGGUUCAUAGCUUGCUUACUAUGAUAUCAACACCAAACUCUAAGAACAACUUCAUAGCCAAAGAAGAACAAAUCAGCUUCAAAGACUGUGCUGAAGCUUUCAAAUCUGGACUGACAACAAGUGGAAUCUACACUUUAACAGUUUCAAACACUGCACAAGAGAAGAAGGUCUACUGUGACAUGGAAACUGGUGGAGGAGGUUGGACAGUUAUUCAGAAACGAGAAGAUGGCAGUGUGGACUUCCACCGGACAUGGAAGGAGUACAAGAUGGAGAAAAACCUACCCUAACAAAGCUAUUUAAAUAUACAACUUGAAUUACAGGCUCAACUGACUAAUCAGAAGCGAUAUGUUCUUAAAAUACAACUGAAAGACUGGGAAGGAAAUGAGGCAUAUUCAUUGUAUGACCACUUUUCUCUAGCAAGUGAAGAACAAAAAUACAGGAUUUACCUUAAAGGACUUACUGGGACAGCAGGCAAAAUAAGUAGUAUAAGCCAACCAGGAAAUGAUUUUAGCACAAAGGAUGCAGACAAUGACAAAUGUAUUUGCAAAUGUUCACAAAUGCUAACAGGAGGAUGGUGGUUUGACGCAUGUGGUCCUUCUAACCUCAAUGGAAUGUAUUAUCCAUUACGACAGAACAACAACAAGUUUAAUGGGAUCAAGUGGUACUACUGGAAGGGCUCAGGAUACUCUCUCAAAGCUACAACUAUGAUGAUUCGACCAGCAGAUUUCUAAAUGCUUUGUCUUUAUGUGAAUUAUGUAUUUUAUAGUCUUCAAAGACUUAUUUUACCAAGCAACUUGUCUCAUUUUUUCAAGCCCAGAAACAUGCACUAGUGUUCUGAAGGGGUCAGUUCAGUACAGUUCCUGAACUGCAAUCGCUUUGACCAGCUAAAGCUCAUAUUAUUCAACCAGACCUAAACUCUAAAGCAUCACCUGAUACAACAGUGAUUUGGCCAAAUGACUCAAUAAAAAGAACCUCCAAGAAACCAUCAGACAACUUAAGGACUCUGUUUUACUGACCAUUUAUGUUAUGUAUGUGUUAGUAAAUAACUGGAACAGUGAAAAAAACCCUAAAAUAGUUUUAGGAAUAUGCAUUUUGCCUCACCACUGAACUUAAAACAUUAAUAUAAAACACUGAGCUAGAUCUAGAACUAUUUAUCUUUCUGUGUCAUGUGUGCCCUUUAUGUACAUAAAAAAAAAUAUUCUGUAAUUAGCUCAAUCCUAUACUUAGGGAAUACAUUCUUUUGCCCCAUAGUCUCCUAAACAAUUUCUUACACUUAUUUGAGGAUUUUUUUCCAAUAGCCUAUAUGACGAUGUUUAACUGAGGACAAAUAGCAUUUCAAUAGUUUGCAUUUAUUUUUGGGAACUAUCGUUUACAAAUACCAUAAUUUUCUUCAGUCCAUUUCAGUCACUGUCUUUAAAUUACAGAAAAUCCCUACAAAUUACAAUAUAGCAUGUAUUCCUAUACAUUUUUAUGAAGAAUGCACUUUUUUUCUUCCCUUGUCAUUUACCUAUAAAAUAACUGACCAGUAUUUUAUAAACUGAGACAACGGCAUUAACACCAGAUGUCUGGUUGUCUAUGACAAUCAUUUAUCACCUGGUGCUGUAAUAUAUCUAUAUGUUUUGUAAAAAUAACCUAACUGAAAAACAUAUGCAUGUUCUUUGAUACAAUUAAAUUUAUGCUUGUGACUUAAGAUAUAAAUGACUACAUUUUAAGAACAGGAAGAAAAAUAAUCUGAAAAUUAUCUAAGGUCACACUAGGGUUUUCUUUCAGUAAAGUUAGGGCUCCUCCCUAAAAGUUCUCUGUAGGUAGGCCCUUAAUGUAUGCCACAAUGUGAAUAAAUUACUCUACUAGGCGAUCUUUGUUUUUUUUCUCCCCUUCAUUUUAUUACUAUAUGUUUUAAAACUGUGUACUAAACACUGUGAAUCAGAUUGAGAAGAUGUUUCUUCAUACAUCACAAUAAUUUAGUGGAGGUUUUUCUCCAAAUUAAGUUUAGCUUUUAAUUCUCAUGCUUAUUCUUUGCCUAAUAUUUUUGUAAAACUUUGAUUUCAGCAGUUGACUGAAUUAGUUACAAUGCAUGAACUUAACCCAAAACAAAACAAAAAUCCCGGACAUGUUUCUGAAAGCUAACUUAACAAAAGGUAUUUUAAGGGCAACAAGGAUUGUGAAGGGUCUAAAAAAAUAUUGUAUGAGGAGGGGGUGAGGGAUCUGGGGUUGUUUAGAUGGAGGAGGCUCAGGGGGCACCUCACUCCCUACAAUCACCUGAAAGGAGAUUGUAGUUAGGUGGGGUCUGGCUCCCCUUCUACUGUGCCAGCAGUGACAGGCCCAGAAGGAAUGGCCUUAAGCUGAGAGAGGGGAGAUUCAGAUUAGAUAUUAGAAAAAAAAAAAUUCAUUUUUACAAUGGUCAGGUAUUGGAACAGGUUGCCCAGAGGUCAUGAAGUCAGUAUCCUUGGAGGUGUUCAAGAAGCAUUUGGAUCUGCUGGGUGAUGUUUAGGGGUUAUAGUGGAAGUGCUGGAUAGACAGUUGGACUGGAUGAUCCUGUAGGUGUCGCCCAACCUUGAUGAUUCUAUGGUUCAAUCUUGAGAACAGUAAAUUGUUUUGAGAAUUGAGUUUUUGAGAUAGUUUUGAGGAAUAAUAAUUAAACAGUUUUGCGAAAUGUUUUUUAUAUUGACAAUCAUUAAAGGUGCUGUCAGAGUACCCACCACUCACACCACCACCACCAUUCUUCCAUUCUUCAGUGAAAAUCUGCCAUUAUUACUAAGUGUAACAGAGACAAGAAAUAUUUCUAAUAUUACUUCAUGAUCUGAUUUUACAUAAACCUAAAGACUGUAAAUUAACAGUUUUAUGGAACUCUUCAGUCACUGUCUGAAGAGUUCCAUAAAAUAAUCUCAAAUGUAUUUGAAAUUACUGUUUAGUAUUUUAUUGUUUUUCAUAGCAAACUUGUAAGGAUAUACAUAUCCCAAACUAAAAAAAAAAAAUACUUCCCAAAUUGUUUUCAUGAAUUUCCAAGAAAUGUCUUAGACAGCAAGGCUAGAAGAGAGGUCACACAUACCAACAAACACACAGCAUACCAAGAGAAGCCUAAAGAGUUGUCAUCUUUCAGCCUAGAGGAGAAAAAGGGAAGGGGAGACCUUAAUGGUACCUACAACAGCCUGACUGAAGACAUAGGGAGGACAAAGCCAGACCCUUCUUGGAGGUGCUCUGCUAUGGGACAAGAGACAGGGACAGCAGGCAGUAAAUACAAUUUGGAAUUGGAGAAAGUGAAUUUCGUUUUCAUUUAUUCAUUUAUUACCAGAAGGAUGGAUUGGACAUGUCCCUUGGAGACCUGUGUUGACAACCUUCAGACGUCCCUGGUAAUCUAUAAUACUUCAAGAUUCUAUGAAAUUUAAUAGAAAUGCUGAGUCUACAUUACUGCAUUUCCUGUGUUGCUACAUUUAAUCAGACAACUAAAGAAAAUACUCCCAACAUUUGCGAUAUUAAACAUAUCGACACCAAUAAUAAAAGGAAAGAGAAAUAAAAGCCAACAAAACAAACAAACAAAAGUCCUCCAAAAUGUUCUCAAAAGCCAUGAUGGCAUCUGAAUGCUCAACCUGGCGAAGAAAAGCAGUGUUAACUUCUGGUUAACGCUAACUUUAUUUUAGUAAGAAAACCCUGUAUGACAAAAAUAAUUGAAUAUUGCAUGGCUAGUCUUGAUUUGUUGAAAAGUUUAUAGAAUCUGAAGCUUGCUGAUGACUGUUCUGGGAAAGUAAUCAAAAAUACUGAUGUAGACAAUGAAUGGAUCAAUUGUUUAAUGAGACUUAAUUUGGGGGCAAAAAAGAUCAAUUUAUCAACACAAGUGUAAAAUUUUAGAGUGUAUAUGUCUUUAAAUGGCAUUUCAUCUAAAGAAGAUUGCAUGGCUUUAACUCCGAACACCACAGUGAAGCCACAGAAGGACAUGUCAGAAGGAAGGCAAGAAUAGGAAACAGAAGGCUGCAAAAGCUGCUUUGGACUUGGUACAAACAAGUAAAACAUAACAGCAAGGUAACCCCUACUUUUAAUUCCUUCCUGUAAUCAAAUAAACAGUAUGUGAAACUAGAA